UUUAAUCAGUCUAUCUAACCUCCUUGUGUGACUGCAGUUUUAAAUUAAGAUUUCUGAAAAUGGAAUUCUAUAAAAUCAUAUUUUUGUUAGUAAUCACGAACCUAUUAGGAGUUCAUACUGAGGACGAAACUUGUGGAUUUGAAAACGACUUCUGUAUUUUUACUUUUAACGAAACAAAAUGGAUGUUUCAGAGAAUGAAUUCAGAAGAAGUUUCAACUACUGGAGGUCUAGGACCUCCUUCAGAUCAUCUCCAGAACACUAAAGGAAAAUUUCUUUGGUUGAACAUGGAAGAGGAUACAAACAUUACAAGUGCAUAUUCGUAUCUUAUAUCCUCCUUCCUCCAACCAAACUUCAAGGACAAUCAUAUCAGUAGAUGUUUUUCAUUCUGGUUCAUGAUUUUGGAUGAGAACAUGCUACAAGAUUUAUAUAUCAGUGUAGAGGAUGAGUUUGGUAUUCCAACUGAUAUUUGGAGAUAUAAAGAGACCAGCGAACAAGAAUGGAAACUAGGACAAGUUAAAUUAGAUAUGUCUGUUAAAUUUAAGAUUCGGAUUGUUGCAUUGAGGAAAAAUUUUGGGCCCGGCUUUAUUGCUUUUGAUGACUACACACUGAGAACAGAUUUUGAAAACGAGGAUUGCCCGAUAUCACCCCCUGGUGCAGCUAUCAACCCGUCUACAACAACAACAACUAGCAGUCAUGAUACAUUUCCAGACUGUACCUUCACAAAUGACAUGUGCUCAUGGUUUAAUGAGGGAAACGGAUUACGUUGGAGCAGAGGAAAUUCUGAAGAGUUUGAAAGUAAAGGAGAAAAUUGUCCAAUAGGAGAUAUUGUUGAGGAUAAAAAAGGGUAUUAUAUGCUCCUUAGCAAAGGAACCGAUGAAGGCCCCCCCAGUCUUGUCGCAACUUUAAGUUCAACAGAAUCAAAAAUAUCAGAAAUCUUCUGCAUGCGUUUUGAUUUUAAUAUAUUUAAGGAUGGCGGAUUUACAAGCUUUAGAAUAAGAACUAACACCAGCGAAGGGUUGUUAAAAACGGUUUGGGAGCUAACAGAUCAUGCCAUGUUUGCCGAUAAUCGUUGGAUGGUAGGACAAGCUCAAGUCAACUCUAAACUUAUACUUUUUGAGGCUGUUCAUGAGCUACACCCUGUAGGAUACAUUGCUCUGGAUAAUAUACAGGGGACACUGGUAGAAAAUGAUUGUGAAGUUUUACCUAAAGAAGCAAUAUUAACUACAGAGGCUCCUGUUACAACUUCAGGAACAACACCUGGAGAGGACUUCCCAGUCUGUGACUUUGAAAAUAGUAAUUGCGGAUGGACUUCAAACCAAGAUGAUGAAAACAGAGUUUGGUGGUCUAUUGGCAGCACAGGGUCAUUCAAUGAAUCUAAAGUCCAAUGUCCCGAUGGGGAUUUUUCUGGUUCAUCGACGGGGAAAUAUGUUCUUGCAAAUCAUGCUUUGAAAGGGAAUCCUGCAAUACUUUCAUCUCAACUUGUAAAUACAGAUGCUAAAUUUUGCAUGAUGUUUCAGUUCAACAUACCGCAUGAAGGAAGCUUCAACCAUUUGUUGGUUAAAACUCUAGAUCCUAGUGGAGCAUGGAUUACUGUUUGGGAAUUGUCCGAUAUGUCGCUUUUUGCUGACUCAGAAUGGCUUGUUGGACAGGUUGAGGUAUAUAGUAAACAGAUACAAUUUGAAGCUUUCAAAACAGAUGCUGUGGGUGGUUGGGUAGCCAUCGACAAUAUUAUAAACGUUAAUGAGCGUAGUUGUAUAAUACUUCCACAUGAAGCUGAGGUCUCUACUAUUCCCUCCCAAUCUACAACCCAACAAGCAGGUUCUGAUUUAGCAUGUGAUUUUUCUUCAAGUCUUUGUUUCUGGACCUCCAAUUUUGAUGAAAGCGAAAGCGUUUUCUGGGUGAAAGGUAACUCUGAAGAGUUUGAAUCUAAUGACAUCUCUUCUCCGACUGCAGGGCGACAUGACGAAAAAUCAGAGUACUAUGUAUUGGCUGAACCUAAGAGACAAGGAGAUUAUGCUAUUCUUACUUCCCAGCGUGUAGACACAGAGACCACGGCUUGCAUGGGAUUUUACUUCAGUUUAACGGCCAUGGGGGAAUGGACACAAUUAUCAGUAUUGACGGCAGUGGAUAGUGAAACCAUGGCAGUUGUUUGGGACCUCUCAGAUAAAACAUUAUUGGCGGACGGACUUUGGAUAUAUGGACAAACUAAAGUGAACACUCGUCAAGUCCAGAUUAUUGCUACUAAAGGUGAUGGCACUAAUGGCUGGGCUGCCUUGGAUGAUAUAACCAUGGAAAAUAAUGAUGUGUGUUCUACUAUUCCUGAAAACGCAGCAACCCCUACAAGUUCUCAUGAAACAACAAAGACCCCAGACAAAUUUCCUCGCUGUUCCUUCGAAUCUGGAACCUGUGAGUGGACAAGUAACAAGAACGAAGCAGGAGAAGAGUGGUGGCAAAGGAAUACAUCGCAUAUUUUAAAUGUUGGGGAGAAUACGGUUGGUCCUGAAUCUGACUUCGAGGGUCAUGAGGAUGGAUUUUACAUGAUUGCUGUUGAUAAAAGCAAGGUUGGAGAAGCUGUUCUAUCAUCCCCAUACUUAGAAACUGAUGCUAAAACUUGUUUAAGUUUUUGGUUUAAUUUGUUUAGAAAUGGCGACUUUGUUGCAAUGCGAAUCUCUACAAUAGAUCCUCAUGGAGAGAAUAUACUUGUUUAUAAUUUACGUGAUACUUCUGCAUUUGCUGAUGAUACCUGGAUUUAUGGACAGGUGGAGGUUUACUCCAGGGAAGUUUCGUUUAUAGUUGAGGUUAUUGAUACUAUUGGAAAAGGUUGGGCUGCUGUUGAUGAAAUUUUAGAUGUAGACAUACCACUUUGCACUACUGUGCCAGCAGAAGCUGCUGUUUCUACUAUACCUCCUGAUACAACUACUCCUAUACAAGAACCAGAACUAAGUGGAUGUGACUUUGAAAAAGAUGAAUGUGGUUGGACCGUAGACUAUCAGCUGAACAACACAGAAACAUUUAUGUUUGUGAGAGCUAGAGGAAUAGACUUUCAAGAUAAUCAGGGUCCAACAACUGAUCAUUUAGCGAACAAAGAAGCAUAUUUCCUUUGGGCAAGUUCUCGUCUUGGACUGCCUGGAACUGUUACAGGAAUCAUAAGUACCGAACUCCUCGCAAACUCCAAAUUUUGCGUAACUUUUUGGUUCGACAUUCCGCAUGAUGAAGGAAUUCAGUCUUUAGAGAUUUUUACAAUCUCUCCAUCUGGAGGAAACAAAAAUCUCCUUUGGAGUUUUAGUACAAAAUUGGACUUUUGGGAGGAAGGGCGUGUUUUAGUAACUAACCAUGAAAACUACCAGGUUGUAUUUGAAGCAGUAAAAGGAAACUUGACAGAGGGAUACAUAGCUAUUGAUGAUAUUGUUGUGACUAAGUCUGAAGAUUGUCAAAUUAAACCAACUGAUGCUUCUCCAACUACUCCGGGAUCAGAAACAACAAUUCCCAAUGUAGAGCAACCCAACUGUAAUUUUGAUAAUGGGCUCUGUGACUGGAUCUUAGAAGAUACAGAAUGGAAGUGGAAAAGAGUAAGCCUUGCAGAACUGGCCGAAGAAGGAAAAGAGCGUCCGAAAAACGCUGAUGGAUAUUUUUUGUAUGCAAGUGGGCAAGAUGGUGAGCAGUCAUCCAGGACACUUUUCCGAUCUCCAUCUGCUAAUUCAAGACUUGCUUCAUGUAUGAAGUUCAAAUAUAGCAUUUACCAUGAACAAGGUAUUUCUGCUUUGCGAAUAUUCACCCUUGGAGAAGAUUUUGAAUUUCAAACUAUCUGGGCUCUCAUUGGAUACACUCAAGAUACUAAUGAAUUUUUUGUUGAAGGUCAAGUUGCAGUUUCAGGCAAAGAGGUUAUUUUUGAAAUAGAAGGUGGUAGCAAACGUAAUGGAUAUGUUGCUGUUGAUGAAAUCACAUUUGAAAAUUUGGAGAACUGCGAGACAAUUCCUAACAAUGCUGAACCAUCGGUUCCAAAAUUUCCUGAUUGCAAUUUUGAAGCAGGCUUAUGUAAUUGGAAAAUUGAAGAAUCACUUUGGAAGUGGGAGAGAACAAAUUUGAACGACCUGGAAUCCCGAAACGAGACUAGACCUGGAAAUGCUGAGGGAAGUUUUAUGUUUUCUAAGGGAUGGAAUUCAGAAGACGAUAUGUUUGCAAUUCUUUCAUCUCCGAAAAUGGAAUCUGCCACACAAGCUUGCAUUAGUUUCAAGUACAGUAUUCUGCAUGCAGAAGGGAUUUCAUCAUUAGCAAUUAUGGCUGAGACCGGAACCUCAGUUGCUAAAAUUUGGGAGCUAAGCAAAGCUAAUGAAGACACAUCCAAGCUUUGGUUUGAAGGUCGAGUUCAUGUCGAUGCGGCAGAGAUUUAUUUUGUUGUUGACGGAGGAAGUGCUUUUAAUGGAUAUGCAGGAGUGGACAAUAUACUUUUUCAAGAUGUCCAAGAGGAUUGUACAGUAAUUCCUUCCUACGCAGCCCCAAUCACUACAACUCCUAAACCAAACACGACUCCAAAACCUACGCCAAACUUUCAAUCUUGUAACUUUGAGGAGGAUACUUGUGAAUUUAUUUCACCAAAAGACCCGAAAUGGGUCAGGGUUACCGUGGAAGACUUAGAGAAUCUUGGGAAACCCGUUCCUGCAGGAAAUGAUAGAGGAUAUUUCAUGUAUGCAAGUGGGGAUGAAGGAAGCCCAGGAACAAGUUUUAUUCUCGAGUCUGAUAUGCAUAGCUCUGCAAUUAAUACAUGCUUUCAUUUCUUAUACAGUAUUCAACAUGAUGGAGGGUUUACAUCUCUCCGAAUCAAAAUACAAAAUCAACAAGAACAAGAAGAAUAUGUUUGGGAAUUAUCUGACACACUAACAAACAGUCAUUGGGAGUUUGCCCAAGUUCAUAUAACGGCACACAAGGUUACUCUAGAAGCUGUAAGAGGAGACGGCUCUAUUGGAUAUGUUAGUAUUGAUGAUCUCGUAUUUGUUUUUAAUGAAUCUCCUGAACUGUGUUCUGUAUUUCCUGAAAAUGCUGCUGUUAAUUCUACUGGAUCAACUCCAACAGAUGGAUCAACACAAGCUACUCCAACUCCUGAAAACUUCCAAUCCUGCGGAUUUGAAGAGAAUACUUGUGAGUACAGCUCACCUUCUAAAGAUAAAUGGAUUAACAAUCAUUUACACUUAGCAUGA